GACAGCGCUGUCUCUGUGUGUCUGUUUCUUCCUACGUCCUUGUUCAGUCACGCGUAUGCAUUCUAUAAUUCUUAAUUUAUUUAGUAAGCGAAUGUUUACAAGUGUAUGCGGCCGCUAAAACUGCUAUUCUUACUUCGCACAACUAUCCACUAGUGGUCUAUCGCAAUCGAUGCUUCGCUUAUCGGGCGAAACUGCGAUUUUUUUUUUAUAAUCUCGUUGAUUGCUAGAAAGUAAAAGAACAUUUCUUCGGUCAAAACUUUUAGUCUCUGUUUAGUGUGUCUUCAACGCGAGCGGUUGUGUAGUGCGUGCAAAGGACUCUAUGGCCACCAUGCCGAAGUUUGGGUUAUGAUUUUUUUGCAACUCCGCUCGGAAGACAAAGCAAUGCAUUCUUAUGUGACAUCAGAAGCUAGCAAACAUAUAUGUAUAUGCACCUCUCACGAACGGGAAGCAACGAGGCAUGUGUCACGCUGGCAUCAGCUAAAACAAUUUCGGUGAUAAUUUGUCAGUUUGCCAAUGGACUGGUGCGUCGAUGCAGCUCUUAAAAUUGCGAAACAGCUAGCGCAUAGCUUAAAACUCAGCUCUUGAAUGGGAUGGGCAUUGCGUAUGGCUCGAUUACUGAGCUGAGCAACGAAAUUCGUAACAUUUGCAAGCGAAUGAAUUGCUUUUCGAAUUUUCCGAACGUGUCACCAGGGCGGCGCCACUAUACGCUCGUUAUGUGAAUAAGAACAGGGCGAACAGGGUGGCCGUGCUUCAAUUACGAUCGUUCCCACUUGAAGCUGAGUGCAGCAGCAAACAGCUCGCGACGUUCCGCAUCACCAUUCCACAGCUGAGACGUCACGAACCCUAUAUGCCAUGCCGUCACGCAAUUUUAUUGCUCGCUGUUCGCCGAUGCUGUGCCGGACGUCGGCGACCGAGUCGCCUUCAGGCACUUUUUCGAUGCAAGCCUCAUUUUUCGCGUGUCACGUGCGUUUUUCUUUUUUUGUUAUCUUCGGUUUGAUACGGAGCAAUAAAGCGCCAGUCAAAUGUGUCGUUCGAAGCGAACAUUGUCACGCCAUGAAGAACGUGACAUCACACGAAAUCGAAGGAACCAAAGUUCCAAAGGUCGAACUGGCAAGCUUAUUUUGUUUGCGCGAUAACGCGCUUCUCAGAACAAGGCGCAGGUUUCUAUGUGAUCGCCUGAGGAAAUCUUCGCCCGACGACAAGGGUGGAGCGCCCGCUGCUGGAGACGCCAUGGCCUUAUUCAUCCAGACGACGCUGCUACUCCUGCUGGCUUGGAUUGCGACAGCGACUGCACGGCUAGCCACAUCCGAGAAAGUGCUCCUGCAACGAAAGGGGAAUCUCUGCGCCUACCGCGUGAUCCAAAACGUGACCUGCCGAGAGCGGAACGGCACCGAGGUCGUGCAGGUCAGGACCAGACCCGAGUGCCACACCGGAGACUGCAGCAUAUACACGGUUCCGAUGAGACGGCCCGUCUACGUGACGCGGGUGCGGAUGCAGCAGAAGGUCAUCUGGAGCUGCUGUCCCGAGUAUUCCGGCCCAGCGUGCACCCCAGCAUUGCAGGUUCCAGUCCAGGUUCCGAAGAUAGGAGGAGGGGAACACAAGCGCAGCCUUCACGUUCCUGGAACCCCAAGGACGUGGCCUCCACCACGUGACCAGCCACCUUCGACUGUGCCCUGCAACUGCGGCGGUGCCAGGACUACUUCCGGAGCUCCGGGACGGACUUCCGGCGCGUCUACCCCUGGGCCACCCGGUCCGCCCGGUGCGCUAGGUCCCAAGGGACCACCAGGACCACCCGGUGCACCGGGAGAAGACGGUGCUCCGGGGCCGGCGGGUCCUCCCGGUCCCGUUGGACCUCCUGGACCCCCUGGGCCUCCAGGAGGCGCUUCUGUAGAAGGCCACGCUGAAGCAGACCCCAGGGACUUCAUCAGUCACCGCAGUGCUAUGACCGUGUUGGAGACAGUGUCCAAGUUGGCGAACGAGCUCUCCGACCUGGACGAACGCGUGGACAAGCUCGAACGAGCCCUGAGGCGACUUACAGAUCUGAACGCAGGUCCUCUGGGGAUCGGCAACGACGACUUGGGACCGGUGUUUCCGGAGCCGUUCGACGGCCACACGUUUGGCCAGCCAGGUCCGACGAGACCCCCCGUCGCUUACGAGGACAUCGGUUACGACACCGACGUCCCCGAUCUACCAGCGAGUACGGUGCCGUCUGGUGUGGCGCCUUCUAGUACAGACGCUGUCAAGGACACUUCCUCCAGGACUCGAACGACAACCGCGCUGGAUCGAGGCGAGCACUGACAGACAAGCACCAGCAGACGACACCAUCCAAAAGAAACAGACGAAAAAAAAAAGGAAGGCUGGACGGACGUACCCAAUCUGGCGUAGGCUAACAGACGCCGUUAAACGGAAACGAUCACACAUGCGACUUCCUGGCUUAACUAACAGACGUUUGUCGAAAGAAUCGCAUUUGACUUUAAGCAUGCACUGCCCGCCGAGACGCCGUGAGCGUCAACUUUUUCGCGUUCAUUCCGAGCGUCAUGAUCGCGGUGUGCUUGAAAGACUCUACAGGCUGCUUUGCAUUCCGGGAGUGAGUGUAUUUUUGACUGGGUGCAACUUGCGGGGCUUUAACAUCGCUUAACACUUCUUGCCGUGCCUCAAUGCUAAACGCCGCAGUCAGUAUCAGCUAACUUGCUUAUAGUCAACAGACAAUUGUUGCAAAAGAAUUAUAUGAAGUAAAUGUCGUUCGGGCGACUCGAUGCUUUGUGCCUCAUAGUUAGUUUCAGUAAACAAAAUAAUUAUUUAUAAACGUGACAACUGAUAACAACCUUUGGGCAACGGGGAACGGAAAUACUGAAUUCCUUGCCUUGCUGUUAUCACGUGAUCCUUUUCUUUUGCAACGUUGUCUGUAAUUUCAUGCGAACCAAGUGACAGGCCGAGCAUUGUCAGAAAAGUGCUUCAUCAAUCAGAAACUAUAUUUGUAACUUACAAAUUGUCCGCCAACACUCAUUCAAACCGUGAGCCACGAGCAAUCACAACUACGUGAACGUUCAAGGGACGCCGUAAGACAGCGGCUUCACUUGGUAAAGAUGUGCAGCAAAAAUUUCCUAACACAUCGCGUCAUAUGGACGUUAAAAAUGUACCUCAACGGUCAGUGUAGACCACGUGAGGUUAACUACCAUGUAAACACAAAGGCAAACGCAGAAAAGAGAUCUGCGGUCUAAAUAACACAUGAUGCUAAAGAAAUUUCGGAGUUUGCUUGCGAAGCGCGCAAACCGUGCAACAAUUCUGAGACGCGUGUGUUUUAGGCACGAAACAGACACGCAAACGACAGCGCUUAUGUGUACAGUACUAAACCACGAUUAACAAAAAGAGAAAUAAAAUAAACUGGAAAGCAAGAACGAG